CUAAGCAAAUCGGAAAGGAUAAAAAGGAGAAGAAAAGAAAGAAAAAGGACACAAUUGAGUUUGAGGUGGAAAAAAAAAAAGAAAAAAUGAGGGUAAUUCAAAUCAGACCUCCUCCUCUUGUUCUUAUUCCCGGUGGACACACCACCAUCACAACCAACAACAGACUAAUCCAAAAGAAGUCAUUAUUAUCAUAUAGUAACAGGCAACCACUAGCUACUUCAGCUCCAUCACCACCACCACCAUUUUCUACUUUUAGGCUUCAUUCUUCUUCUUCUUCACCUCAGAAUGCUACUGCUUCCAAUCAACUUGCUGUUCUUCUUGAACUUGAAGGGGUCCUCAUGGACGUAUAUGGUAUCGGAAAUCGUGAAGCCUUCAAUUUAGCAUUUAAGAAAUUAGGUUUGGAUUGUGCACAUUGGACAGAACCCAUCUAUUUAGAUCUCCAGAGGAAGAGCUUUGGUGGUGAGGAGGAAAUGCUAACUCUGUACUUCAAUAAGAUAGGUUGGCCUACUUCACUCCCCACUAAUGAGAAGGGAAGCUUCAUGAAAAGUGUUCUGAGAGAAAAGAAAAAUGCAUUGGAAGAUCUUGUCAUUUCGAAAUCAUUGCCACUGAGACCUGGUGCUGAAGAAUUUAUUGACGAUGCACAUAAAGAAGGUGUUCCUGUUGUUGUACUAGCUGCCUAUGGUAAAUGUGGUGAAAAUGUAGCCAGGGCCAUUAUUGAAAAACUUGGUGAAGAUUGGAUGUCAAAGAUCAAAAUUAUUGGGAAAUCAGAGGUGGAGCAAAGCUUUUAUGGCCAGCUUGUCUUUGGUAAAGGAGUUUCUUCUAGUUUGGAUGAGCAAUUAAUGAAUGAAGCAAGAAAAGCAGCAUCCACCGAGAGACAAAAAAUUGCUAAAGAGGUCGCAUCCGUGCUGAAAUUGAGUAUUGACAUUGAUACAACUUCAAGUGAAAGGAUACAGAAAGUUGUGGCUGCGCUAAGAGCAGGAGCUGAAUACGCAGAUGUACCUGUUCCCAAUUGUGUCCUUGUUGCUGGUAGUCUUCCUGGGGUUACUGCAGCUGAGCAAAUUGGCAUGCCAUGUGUUGUCCUACGCAGCAGGUCGACAUCCAGGGCCGAGUUUCCUUCAGCGAAUGCUGUAAUGGACAGUUUUGGUGCUCCAGAUUUGACAAUAUCUAGACUACGACUCAUGAGAUCUUCCUGACUAUAACCUCAUAUCAAUUGAGCAUGCUCAUUGGUGUGAAGAUUUAUGUUCACCAACCUUUAGAUCCCGGGGUACCUAGAAACCAUCCAAUUGUUAUGGAGAUUAGGUUUUCAUGUUCAUAUGUUGUGUAUUUCACUUGUUACGAGAUGUUGAUGUGACAUUUGACUGUCUUUUAUGUCGCUACACUUUCUUAAAGUGGUAACAAGAUGUUUGUUCAUAAUAA